AUGCUCGUAGUACGACUUGUACGAGGAGACAAACGUAGAAAACAGUCUCCUGAUGGUCUGAUUUCACUAGGAAUAGGUCCUAAAGCUGCCGAGUUGUCGCUUAAAGAAGGACUGCUUAUUUUGCCACAUGAAAGUGUAAAUAAAGAUUUUCGUCUGCAAACUCUAAAUCAUGAGGAAAAUUCCAACUGUUUUUCAAACAUAAAUACAAUGCUAAAUACUCAAGACGUUUGUUCGACUUCCGAUGUGAUUUCUACAUCUAGACAUUUUUUGUUAGAAAAAAAGACUUUCCCACUUAAAGAGAAGUUACUGGAGAAUAUUCAGAGUCCGAUAUUAGUUAGAGAUGUGUCUGAAUCUCAAAACCACAAAAAUGCCAUUCCAGAAGAUCCAAACCAACUCGAAGCAGGCACAGAUGAGGAUAGUGAUUAUGAACUUGGAGGAGAUUUAGAAUCAAACAUUCCUUUUGAUGGCGAUGCACAUGCAGAAAAAAAACGAAAGAAAGGAAACCGGAGUGAAUGGAAAACCACAAAAAAACAAAAGAUUAAGAAUGGAGAAUCCUAUUUAGGAUAUCGAAGAACUCAACAAGGGAAGAUUUUUCACGAUGUUGAGAGAAAUGAACGCAGAAUGGGACCACCCUGUCGUUCUGAGAUGUGCAAAAAAUCGAAGAACAGGUCAUGCAAUGAAUUGCAGGAAGAAAAAAGAAAAGAUCUUUUUACUGCUUUCUGGAAAAUAAUGACCUGGGAUCAAAGGAAAACGUUCAUACUGAAUACUGUAGAAAAGCAACCCGUUAAACGUCGCCGAAAUCAAAGUGAGAAUUCUAGGCGUCAAGCAUCCCUCCAUUAUUUUAUAAAUAUUAAUGACAAUAGAAAACAGGUUUGUUGUAAUAUGUAUCUUAAUACGUUUGGAAUUAAAAAAUGGACAGUACGUUAUUGGAUAGAUAACAUUCAGAAAGAGGGAACAACUAUAGCUCCAAGUUCUUUAAUAACUCAUUCACGGACUGCUGAUGUAGCUUCACGUAGACGAAAAGAUGACAAGCUAUUUGUUAAUUCAUUUAUCGAUUCGUUACAAAAAAUGCCUUCUCAUUAUUGUAGACAAUCUACCACCCGAAAAUAUCUAGAACCUUUAGUUACGUCAGCCUCUCAGCUAUACAAUUUAUAUCUUGAAAAAUGCCAACAAGAAAAUGUUACAAAAGUGAGCAGAUUUACAUUCGAUUCAAUUUUUAAAGGACAGAAUCUUUCACUGUUUUCUCCUAAAAAAGAUCAGUGUGAUUUGUGCUGUGCUCACGAAACUGGAAAUCUUGCUGAGAAAAAAUACGCUAAACAUAAAGAAACAAAGAAUAAAGCCAGAACUGAAAAAAACCGGGACAAAGAAAAGGCAGUAAGUAAUUUAGCACACGUAUUUACCCAAGAUCUCCAAGCUGUUAAGUUACCUCCUCUUACAAGGGCUCGCGCGUUUUAUUAUAAAAAAAAACUAAACGUACACAAUUUUACAAUCUCCAAACCCAUGCAGUUGUUUGCUACUGGUUUGACGAGACCGCCACGGAUCUUGUAG